AUGCCGGAUGUGGGCAGCGAAUCUUCAGACGUGCAGGGAAAAUGGUCAAAUGACCUUCGACCCGGAAGAAAAUUUGUAUUGGCAAUGUCAUAUGGUGCAUGCUUUCGAAAAACUGGCAGUGCUUCAAAGAGCUUGUUUCAAUGCAUCAAAGUAACUGGCUGUUUGAACUAUCAAUUUGCUGACUGUGACUUUCCCACACGUGUGUUCAAUCGGAACAGCUUUAGGCCGAAACAGGUGCUAGAAACUGGAAGAGAUGUCCUGUGCCUUGUGCCCUGUGCCCUGUGCCUUGUGCCCUGUGCCAUGCUGCACACGUCACGCCAUGCCAGCCACUUCAGCCAUUCCCCGUUUGAGAUUCGCAAUAACACAACAGAGAGUAAAAGCUGAACAUAAUAUUUUAUGAGGACUUGAGGCAAAAUCUCCGCCCUGGACAUGUGUGCACUGAUUAUAGAAGUCCUGGUUUUGGGACUCCGAAUCCCUCAUCCUGGAUCUAAGCGAAUGAUAAAUGGCUUCAACAUGC